AUGGGUGGCUGGCCUCUGCUUGAAGGAGACUCGUGGAUAGCGCAAAAAUAUGAUUGGGAACAGGCAGCUUAUGGCAUGGUGAAUGAGAGAUUGAUAACGGAUAGCUUCUUCACCUUCGAUAUAGUCACAGAUUUUAAAAAUAGUGCGAAGAAUGUUUUGGGUAUCGACCAACCAAUGCUCCAUGUUGAUCGCGGAGCUUUAGUAAAAGGGUUCAGUAAUAAGUACGUCCAAGAAUACUUUCAUCAUAUGGUUGGCAUGGCUGUAACAUAUGGUGCAAAUAAAGCUAGAGCAGAAAAAGAAUUAAGGCAUGUUCUCGACUUCGAAAUAAACUUCGCCACUAUUACCCUGAGUGAAGAAGAAAGACGCAAUCAAACAGCUCUCGAAAACCUAAUGAGCGUAAAAAAUUUAACAACAACAUAUCCGUUUGUUCACUGGAAGAAAUAUUUCAAUACAAUUCUCAAAUCGGCAUUCGUAAUUGGUGAUGAUGAAAUAAUAAAAGUGAGCGUGCCUACUUUUCUCGAAAAAUUGGGCAAAUUGAUGCAGAAAACUCAAAAAAGUGUGCUGGCUAAUUACCUCGUUUGGCAAGUACUUCAAGGUCAACUUCAAGGUUCAUUCUCCGAAGAAGAAUGCGUCGAUAUGACAUCUGAAUAUCUAUCUUUGAAUUCUGGGGCUAUAUAUGUCAGGAAAUACUUUACAUCAGAAUCGAAGAAAAGUGCAGAAGAAUUGGCAGUCAAUAUUGAACAGCAGUUCAUGAAAAUGCUAAAAAAGGUUGAUUGGAUGGACGAAAAAACCAAGACGAGUGCUUUGGCUAAAAUAAAAUCUAUGAAAAACGUCAUUGGAUAUCCUGACGAAAUUCUCCAUGACAAAAAUGUUGACGAAUAUUUCAAGACAUUGGAAAUAACUCCGAAUGAUUUAGUUCAAGCAAACGCAAACCUGAGCAUUUUUUUGCUAGAUCAUUCUUUCAGUAAUCUAAGGAAGACUAUAGAAAAAUCAGAUUGGCCAUGGGUAUUCUGCGCUCGAACUAUAACUGAUAUACAUAUCCCUGCCGCAGUUCUACAAGAUCUUUUCUUCGAUAAGGAUAGGCCUCAGUACUUGAAGUAUGGUGCGAUUGGUGCCUUUGUCCUUGGAAAUAAACUCACUACUGCUUUUGAUUACGACGGUAGACGAUUUGAUCAAAAUGGAAACCUUAGGGAUUGGUGGACACCAGAAACGAAAAAGAAAUUUCUUCAGAAAGCUGCUUGCAUCACUCAGCAGUACAAAAAAUAUAAAGUAAAAGACGACAGCAUCAAAUACACAAGGAAAAUGGCUGUAAAACCCGUGUAUAGUACAACGGACUUAAUUUUGGCAAUACGGUUUUAG